UGCGAUUGAUGUCGAUCGUGCUUCGAUAACUGGACUGGAAGGAAGUCGGCACUUACUCGCCAUGUGUUUGAACUUUAUAACAAUUAUGCAAUCUUAUUGAGUGUGUGUGUGUGUGUGUAUAGAAGGCAUAUGUGCAGUUCGUCAUGUUUAAAAACUCACCAUAUAUCAAAAAAAAUUACAGUAUUUGGAAGUGACUGAGCAGAUGUUAUAUAAUAGGCCUACUUCUGUUUUACUGCUUUCUAUCAAAGAACCAGAUGAUUUUUAUCAAACUCAUAGCUUACGCUGUGAUUGCUAUGGUAACAACCAUGGUAGCAGCUCAACAUCCAGUUCCAACCACCAAAAUUACCAACAUUGUGGUCGCAGGUGCUACUGGAGACCUUUCUCAGCGGUAUUUGUGGCAAGGCUUUUUUAAUUUAUUUGUUGAAAUGGAAUCUGUUUACCAUCAUCUGAGACUGUAUGGUGCUACAAGGGUCAAUGAAGUGGAAGGCAGUAUACUUUUGAAGAAUAUUCUUCAAGAUUGUGUCAGCUGUAGCAAACUCACCAUUACACCAGUACCAUCCAAUUGUGAUGACCUUCGUGAGAAAUUUCUUUCCCGUGUGCACUACAAACAGCUGAAGACUGCAGAACAGUAUCGCGACCUUUGUGCCUCGUUUGCAGCUGAAGCAAAUCGAGAACAUGCUGAAGAAAAUGGCCGAUGGUUUUACCUGGCUGUGCCUGCUUUUGCAUAUGCUGGUAUUGCAGAAAACAUAGGAAAUUUUUGUAGGCCUACAGUAAGCAAUACCUGGCUGCGUGUUGUCCUUGAAAAGCCCUUUGGACAUGACCUGGAGUCUGCUGUUGACCUCUCCGACCAACUUUCCAAACAUUUGCAAGAAGAUGAAAUGUACAGAAUUGAUCACUAUCUUGGCAAAACAGGUGUAUCCUCCAUUAUGCCUUUCCGAGAAAUUAACCAACAAGCGUAUGAACGGAUUUGGAAUAAACACCAUGUGGAAAAAGUGGAAAUAGUUAUGAAAGAAACCCUUGAUGUGAAAGGUCGUUUCAGUUUCUAUAAUAAAUACGGAGUAGUACGAGAUGUAAUGCAGAACCACUUGACAGAAAUAUUGGCUCUAGUUGCCAUGGAAAUACCAGAAAAUAUCACCUCAGCAGAAGAACAUUGUUUGAAAAAAUUGAAUUUGAUGAACAGAAUCCAGCCAAUCAGUAAACACCAUGCUGUGAUUGGUCAGUAUGAAGGCUAUCAAGUGGAGUUGCGAGAGGAAAUGGGAAUGGCCGAUAAUUUCACAAGUCUGGUACCCACAUUUGCAGGUGUAUCAAUGUUUAUCAAUAGUCCCAGGUGGUCAGGUGUUCCCUUUGUGCUAGUGUCUGGGAAGAAAAUGGACAGGAAGUCUGGUUAUGUUCGAAUUGUUUUUAAGCAAGACACUUUCUGUGUCAAUGAUGAUGGAUUUGAAAACUUGUGUAGGAAAAAACAAAUGAUCAUUUACACAGGAGGUACAGGAGGAACCAAACCAAUGCUUCUGGUGAGUAGAACUCUUCCACAACCAAAUAUACCAGCAGGUUGGAAGACAUCCGAUUCAUUCAAAGAGAUCAAAUAUUUUGGAUCUGAUCUUAAAGACUUUUACCAUUAUUCUCCACCUUUUGAGGCAGAUGCGUACACAUCUCUUUUACGGUCGUGCUUCUUUGGAGAGAAGCAAAACUUCAUAGGAUCUGCUGAUCUGAUGCAGUCAUGGAAAAUAUGGACGCCUCUUCUCAAAGGUCUUGAAGAUACAAUUCCUAGAGGAUAUUCAGGUGGCAUAAAUAAUGGUGAAAUCUUAGAUUUUGUUUCACAAACUUAUGGUUGCCAAUUUGUGAAUGUAGAAGAACCAUUUUUUGAUGGCAGACAUGAACAGAAUGUUGCCUUUAAAAAAUCAACAUUUAGGAAUGAGUUUUUAAAGUCUGGGUUAAAGAGCCAUGUCAUUCAUGCACUUGCAUUGGAUAUAUACAAUUCCUCAGUCUACAGCAUCAAUGAAAGAGGGUCCUUUCACAUAGCACUUUCGGGGGGAAAGAGCCCAGUUCCAUUGUUCCAUGAGCUCUCCAUGGUAGAGAGCUUUCCAUGGGAAGAGACGCACAUUUGGUUGGUUGAUGAAAGAUGCGUGUCUUUUGAUGACAAUGACUCCAACUUUAAACUAAUCGUACAGAACUUAGUAGAUAACGUUGAUGUGCCGUACAUGAAUGUACAUCCGAUGCCAAUACAAAGUGUAUGGCAGAAUUGUGACCAGAUACAAAGUAAUUACUAUGACAAUGAAAUCAGACAGAAGAACAAUGGAAGACUAGAUUAUAUUGUUGUAGGUGUAGGAAGUGAUGGCCACACUGCUUCGCUGUUCCCACACAGCUCUGCUUUGGAAGAAGACAGCAAGUUUGUUACAGCGACGGCGACACCAGAUGGUUCCAAACGGUUGUCGCUCACUUACCCAUCUUUGAAUGCUGCACGUACCGUUUCAGUCCUUGUAACUGGAUCUGAUAAAGUAGAUAUAUUACAUAAAAUAAAAGGUGGGAAGGUUGAUAAAACAAACUUACCUAUAACGGGUGUGUCACCUGUAUCAGGUGAUAUCAGGUGGUACAUAGAUGAUGAAGCUCUCAUUGGUUGACAAACAUGUGAGAGGCAUUUUCCAUCCCUGCAUAGGAGUCUUGAAAUAGAGAGGGUGAAGGGGGCCUCGAUGAUUAAGUGAGGGCUAGCUUACAAAAUACGCUGAUUUUUAACUUUGAGUGCGAUUUUUUGCUUUGGCCAUUUUCAGUGGUGGACGCAAGUUUUUUUAGGGGAUGUGUGCGCGAGUGUUUUUUUUUAGCUACCACGUACAGAGGUGGUGCUGGCUAGAUAGUACCAUAAAUGCUUGAAUAAGUGUUGGGGCACUUAUAUAAUUUUUGGAGGCUUUGGUGCAACGCAGAUAAAACAAAUAUUGGCGUGGCGCUUUCCAUGGCAUUUCCAUAUCUCAUUCUUAGGCCUAUACAUAGGAAAAAAAAUAAAAGGCAUAGGCAAUUAUUAUAUUCCAACAAUAUUGAGUAGUUGGAUAUGAAGUCUUUCCUCCAUGGAUCGGCAGGCCUGAAGGAUGCACUUUCGUAUAUAAAUUAUUACAACUUGUCAAAUUUGUUAAAUUUAUUUAAUUGAAGGCUAGUUGGGCUAAGCCUAGUUUGUCUGAUCUGCCACCUAUGCCCAGGUAGGUAGCCAGAACCCAUUAGUAUUUUGUUACGUUUCUUCAGAGAGUGGGGUUCGUUUCCCUUCUGGAGUCCAGAGGCAGAGCCGCAGUGGGCGUCCAGGAGGGCCCUGGCGCUCUGAUGAUCUCAGCAUUUUUAAGCUGUUUUAAAACAAUUUCGGGGAGUGUUUGUUGACAAUACCGGGUACGGUACAUGAACAAAAACAUUUUUAAUAAAGCCACGUACAAUUUGAGUUUCAAUGUAGCCCUACAUUAUGUUUAAUUUGAGCAUCCAAAUUAUGUAAACAAAAAAUGAAUAGGCAUUCUGAUCAAUUUUAGUAACGCAUCAGUGAAUUAAGUAUUGACGUAAAUAAUGUCUAAUGACCAUUUUUAAUAAAACCAAUUCCUUCUAAUUUUAAAUACAUUUUCUCAAGAAUUCCUGAUAAUUUGUUAUCACGCAUAGACCUGUGCAAAAUUUAUGAUCACGCAUUGGUUCUGCAAAAUUUGUGACCGUCCUGCAUGAUGCAAGACGGUUAGUAACUAUGUUAUUUUUACUGUUUACUUAUGAAAAAAAUAAAUGUUUAUUUGAAUUAAAUAUUUUGCAAUGUAUUUAUAAUAAAAGAUAAAAUUUUAUCAAUUUUCAGUAUUCUGUAUACAGUACUUUUAGUUAUGCGAGAUGGUCUGAGUUUGCACCAAUUGACAGAGUUGGAUAACUCCCUUUCAACAAUUGUCAUAUUACUGUAUGUCAUUUAUAGGUAUUAAUGAUUACUAAAUCAGUGAUAGACAGCAGUUAUUUAUGUGAAAUUAUAAUUCACAAUGGUAAGAUUCCCUUGCACACUUUCAUAACUGCACAUACUGUAGUUUCAAUACUAUACUCAACAUACAAAACUUGUACAGUAUAAUCAGAUACACUUGAAUAAUUCUUUUAUUGGUAUGAAAUAUUUCAAUAUAGAAGAUGCAAUUUGAAACAAAAUAAGAUUU